AGGCUCCCGGCUGGAGGAGGCGGGGGGGUUCAGCGAGGAGGAGACCUCCUACCUGAAGCAGGGCGAGGACGCGCUGCAGAAGGCCGUCAGCAUCCUGGGCCAGCAGGACGGCUGGAGCCUGGAGACCGUCGCCGCCAACGGAGACAGAGUCCUGAGUAAGGUGCUGCCUGACAUCGGGAAGGUGUUCAGGCUGGAGGUGAUGCUGGACCAGAACCACGAAGACCUGUACCAGGAGCUGGUCGGGAACAUGGAGCAGAUGGGGGACUGGAACCCCAACGUCAAACACGUCAAGAUCCUGCAGAGGAUCGGCCAGGACACCAUGGUGACCCACGAGGUGGCGGCCGAGACGCCGGGCAACGUGGUCGGACCGCGGGACUUCGUCAGCGUCCGCUGUGCCAAGCGCCGCGGCUCCACCUGCUUCCUGGCGGGGAUGUCCACCCAGCACGCCAUGAUGCCGGAGCAGAGGGGCGUGGUCAGGUGACCCCCGCA